AGGUCAUGGCGGCGCCGGGCGGCAGGUCGGAGCCACCGCAGCUCCCCGAGUUCAGCUGCAGCUACGCGGUGUCGCGGCCGGUCUACAGCGAACUCGCCCUCCAGCGAGAGCUGGAGCGGCGCCUGCGGGCGCGCAAGACGCUGCGGGAGAGCCUGGCCGCGGGCUGCAGUUGUUCAAGAAAGAAGGCCUUGGGUAUUCUGAAGACUCUCCUGCCCAUCCUGGACUGGCUCCCCAAGUACCGAGUGAAGGAAUGGCUGCUUAGUGACAUCAUUUCAGGAGUCAGCACUGGGCUAGUGGGGACACUGCAAGGAAUGGCGUAUGCUCUCCUAGCUGCAGUUCCUGUUGGAUACGGUCUCUAUUCUGCUUUUUUUCCUAUCCUGACUUACUUUAUCUUUGGAACAUCAAGGCACAUCUCUGUUGGCCCUUUCCCUGUGGUCAGUUUAAUGGUGGGCUCUGUGGUUCUGAGUAUGGCCCCUGACGAGCGCUUUCAUGUGCAAAGCAGCAAUGGAAGUAUAUUGAACAGUACUGUGCUGGACACUGCAGCCAGAGAUGCAGAAAGAGUGCUGAUUGCUAGCACCCUUACUCUUCUGGUUGGGAUCAUACAGCUGAUAUUUGGAGGCCUGCAGAUUGGAUUCAUAGUGAGGUAUUUGGCAGACCCUUUGGUUGGGGGAUUCACAACAGCUGCUGCUUUUCAAGUGCUGGUCUCACAACUGAAAAUUGUGCUCAACGUUUCAACCAAAAACUAUAAUGGCGUCCUCUCCAUUAUCUAUACUCUAAUUGAGAUUUUCCAAAAUAUUGCUGACACCAAUCUUGCUGAUUUCAUUGCUGGACUACUCACCAUCAUCAUCUGCAUGGCUGUUAAGGAAUUAAAUGAUCGAUAUAAACACAGAAUCCCAGUUCCUAUCCCUAUAGAAGUAAUUGUGACCAUAAUUGCCACUGCCAUUUCAUAUGGAGCCAACUUGGAAAAAAAUUACAAUGCUGGCAUUGUGAAGUCCAUCCCAAGGGGGUUUUUACCUCCUGUGCUCCCGCCGGUGAGCUUGUUUUCAGAUAUGUUGACGGCAUCCUUUUCCAUCGCCGUGGUGGCUUAUGCUAUUGCCGUGUCUGUCGGGAAAGUGUACGCCACCAAGCAUGACUAUGCUAUUGAUGGGAACCAGGAAUUCAUUGCCUUUGGGAUCAGCAACAUCUUCUCAGGAUUCUUCUCUUGUUUUGUGGCCACCACUGCACUGUCCCGCACAGCUGUCCAGGAGAGCACUGGGGGAAAGACACAGAUUGCUGGAAUCAUCUCAGCUGGGAUUGUGAUGAUUGCCAUUGUGGCCCUUGGGAAGCUUCUAGAACCCCUGCAGAAGUCCGUCUUGGCAGCUGUUGUGAUUGCCAACCUGAAAGGGAUGUUUAUGCAGGUGUGCGAUGUCCCCCGCCUGUGGAGGCAGAAUAAAGUUGAUUCUGUUAUCUGGGUAUUUACAUGUGUAAUGUCCAUCAUUCUGGGGCUGGACCUGGGUUUGCUAGCUGGCCUUAUAUUUGGACUAUUGACUGUGGUCCUGAGAGUUCAAUUUCCUUCAUGGAAUAGUCUUGGAAGCAUCCCUAGCACAGACAUCUACAAAAGUACCAAGAUUUACAAAAAUAUUGUAGAACCAGAAGGAGUAAAGAUUCUUAGGUUUUCCAGCCCUAUUUUUUAUGGCAAUGUGGACGGCUUCAAAAAAUGUGUCAAAUCUACAGUUGGAUUUGAUGCCAUUAGAGUGUAUAAUAAGAGGCUGAAAGCUUUAAGGAGAAUACAGAAACUCAUCAAAAAGGGACAAUUAAGGGCCACAAAGAAUGGCAUCAUAAGUGAUGUUGGGUCAACAAACAAUGCUUUUGAGCCUGACGAAGAUAUUGAAGAUCCAGAAGAACUUGAAAUCCCUACCAAGGAAAUUGAGAUCCAAGUGGACUGGAACUCUGAGCUCCCAGUGAAAGUGAAUGUCCCCAAAGUACCCAUCCAUAGCCUUGUGCUUGACUGUGGAGGUAUAUCUUUCCUGGAUGUGGUUGGAGUGAAGUCACUGAGAAUGAUUGUCAAAGAAUUUCAAAGAAUUGAUGUGAACGUGUAUUUUGCAUUGCUUCAAGAUCAUGUGAUGGAAAAGAUGGAGCAAUGUGGUUUCUUUGAUGAUAACAUUAGAAAGGAUUCAUUCUUUUUGACGGUUCAUGAUGCUAUACUCUAUCUACAGAACCAGGUGAAAUCCCAGGAGGGUCAAGAUUCACUUCUAGAUACGAUCACACUUAUUCAAGACUGUAAGGAUCCUCUUGAAUUAAUGGAAACAGGGCUGACAGAGGAAGAACUUGAUGUCCAGGAUGAGGCUAUGCGUAGACUUGCCUCCUGAGAGUGGACUCCGGAGGUUGCUGUCAGCAAGGACUACAACACAAAACUUCCUAUGUCAUCCUAUGCAGAGAAUUUCUGCAUCAACUAUUUCUUUGGAAUUGAACACCCAUUCUUUUUCUGAUACAUUUUAAAAAUAUUUGAGGUUUCUGAGCCUCUUAGCCAUUAAAUGAGGAUUAAGGUCGUC